GUACACACUGCCUGCAAAGAUUUAUACCAUCCUGUGUGUCCCCUUGGCCAAUGUAAAGUGUCAAUUAUACCUCCAAUCGCACUGAACAGCACCGACUCUGAUGGUUUCUGUAGAGCAACGUUUUCAUUCUGUGUUAGUCCUCUGUUGGUUUUUGUCAAUUCUAAGAGUGGAGAUAAUCAGGGAGUAAAAUUCCUUCGGCGAUUUAAACAGUUGCUAAAUCCGGCUCAGGUGUUUGAUUUAAUGAAUGGAGGUCCUCAUUUAGGUUUAAGAUUAUUUCAGAAGUUUGACAAUUUCCGGAUUCUUGUCUGUGGAGGAGAUGGAAGUGUAGGUUGGGUUUUGUCAGAAAUUGAUAAGCUCAACUUGAAUAAGCAGUGUCAGCUGGGAGUAUUGCCUUUGGGUACCGGAAAUGACCUUGCUCGGGUUCUUGGCUGGGGAGGUUCCUGUGAUGAUGACACGCAACUUCCUCAGAUACUAGAGAAGCUGGAACGAGCCAGUACCAAGAUGUUGGACAGGUGGAGUAUAAUGACAUAUGAACUCAAAUUGCCACCAAAGGCUUCUCUACUUCCAGGACCUCCAGAAGCAUCUGAAGAAUUUUAUAUGACUAUUAAUGAAGACUCGGUUGCAACUCAUCUUACAAAAAUCCUCAACUCGGAUGAGCAUGCAGUGAUCAUAUCGUCUGCCAAAGUACUGUGUGACACUGUAAAGGACUUCGUUGCCAAAGUCGAGAAGACAUAUGACAAAACGUUGGAAAAUACUGUUGUAGCUGAUGCUGUGGCCACUAAAUGCUCAGUCCUAAAUGAGAAGCUUGAACAACUGCUGCAAGCAUUGCAUACAGAUUCCCAGGCUGCUCCGGUGCCCCCUGGCAUCAGCCCUCUCACUGUGGAGGAAGAUACUGUAGAGUCUUCUAGUGAAGAAUCCUUGGGUGAAAGCAGGGAACAGCUCUCGGAUGACAAUACGAAAUCUUCCUCCCAGAAAGCCACCAAACCAAAAGAUAUAAUGCUGCGGGCAAACAGUUUAAAGAAAGCAGUGAGGCAAGUCAUUGAAGAAGCCGGAAAAGUUAUGGAUGAUCAGACAGGUCAGUCCUGUGAAGCAGUUAAUCAGUCAUCUGAUUAUGAUAGUACAGAAACAGAUGAAUCCAAAGAAGAGUCUAAAGAUGAUGAUGCAAAAGAGUCAUUAGCUGGUAAAACUGCACCUCGGUCUCCAGAUGCCCAGGCAAUUCGUGGCCAUUUCCAAACUGAUUCUAUCCCUGGUCCAGCUGUGACAACCAACAAGGAAAAUCUCCCUGUGCUUAAUACCAGAAUAAUCUGCCCAGGUUUAAGGGCAGGACUAGCUGCCUCAAUUGCUGGGAGUUCUAUUAUCAACAAAAUGUUACUAGCAAAUAUUGAUCCUUUUGGUGCAACACCAUUUAUUGACCCAGAUCCAGAUUCAGUAGAUGGAUAUUCAGAAAAAUGUGUCAUGAACAAUUACUUUGGGAUUGGAUUAGAUGCAAAAAUUUCAUUAGAAUUUAAUAAUAAAAGGGAGGAGCACCCCGAGAAAUGCAGGAGCCGAACUAAAAACUUGAUGUGGUAUGGAGUCCUAGGAACCCGGGAAUUAUUACAGAGAUCAUACAAGAAUUUAGAACAAAGGGUUCAACUUGAGUGUGAUGGGCAGUACAUUCCUCUCCCCAGUUUGCAAGGCAUAGCGGUGUUGAACAUCCCCAGCUAUGCUGGAGGCACUAACUUCUGGGGUGGAACUAAAGAGGAUGAUAUAUUUGCAGCACCAUCGUUUGAUGACAAGAUCCUGGAGGUCGUUGCAAUAUUUGAUAGCAUGCAAAUGGCAGUUUCCAGGGUCAUUAAGCUGCAGCAUCAUCGAAUAGCCCAGUGCCGUACAGUAAAAAUCACUAUCUUUGGUGAUGAGGGAGUCCCAGUGCAGGUGGAUGGUGAAGCAUGGGUUCAGCCUCCAGGGAUUAUCAAAAUUGUGCACAAAAACAGAGCUCAGAUGCUGACAAGGGACAGAGCCUUUGAAAGCACUCUGAAAUCUUGGGAAGAUAAACAGAAGUGUGACUCUGGUAAACCAAUGCUGCGAACCCAUUUGUACAUCCACCAUGCCAUUGACUUAGCCACGGAAGAGGUGUCUCAGAUGCAGCUGUGUUCUCAGGCUGCUGAGGAGCUCAUUACACGGAUUUGUGAUGCAGCCACGAUGCACUGCCUCUUGGAGCAAGAACUGGCCCACGCUGUGAAUGCGUGCUCCCAUGCACUGAAUAAAGCCAACCCAAGAUGCCCGGAGAGUCUUACAAGAGACACUGCCACUGAAAUAGCCAUCAAUGUGAAAGCACUAUACAAUGAAACAGAAUCUUUGCUCGUUGGCAGAGUUCCUUUGCAGUUGGAAUCGCCACAUGAAGAGCGGGUAUCCAAUGCCUUACACUCUGUGGAGGUGGAGUUACAGAAAUUAACAGAGAUUCCUUGGCUUUAUUAUAUCUUACACCCAAACGAGGAUGAGGAGCCUCCCAUAGAUUGCACCAAAAGAAAUAGCAGAAGCACAGUAUUCCGUAUAGUGCCAAAGUUUAAAAAGGAAAAGGUCCAGAAGCAGAAGACAAGUUCACAGCCUGUUCAGAAAUGGGGCACAGAGGAAGUUGCUGCUUGGCUGGAUCUGAUCAAUUUGGGAGAGUACAAAGAAAUCUUCAUCCGUCAUGACAUCAGAGGGGCUGAACUUUUGCAUCUGGAAAGGCGAGAUCUUAAGGACCUGGGGAUUCCGAAAGUGGGCCAUGUGAAGCGAAUUCUCCAGGGAAUUAAAGAGCUUGAAAAGAGCACUCCCCAGUCUGAGGUGUGAUCCUAUUGGUGCUAUUCCUCAGAAGAGACGUAAUUGCUACUUAAUACAAAGUCCUUGGAAGUGAUUGGCUGUUACGUAGUUCACUGCAUAGAUAAGUAAGCACCGCUGAAGUACCUCUAUGGCUUGACAUUUGGCUGUGGGUGAAAAUUUUGAUUUGAGGUAUUAGAAAAUAUUUUUGUGCCAAAAAGACAUUCCGCAAAGCCAUUUUCUUAUUGUGCAAACCUGACAUGCUCAAAUAUGUUCACAAUAUGAAAAAGGUAGCAGAAAUUUGAGAGGAUUGCAUUGUCUAAAAGGAAUUACAAAAUGUUUAGUUUUCUUAGAGCUGAUUGAUGGAAUAUUUUUAUUGUGCAACUGCGUAAAUACGUAGCUGAAACUUCUUAGGUUUUAUUAUUGGAGGCAUUGACUUGUCUUUGAAUCUCACUGGUUAGGAGACUAAGUUGUAAAUUAAGUUGUGUUUUGAAUGUUAGAUUGGUAUUACCUCAGGUUCCUAGAGCUCAGUGGUCAAAGAAUACAGUCAAAACCUGUCAACUAUGAAUGAAUGCAAAUCUUAAUGCACGAUGUUCCUGCCUGAGUUGUCUCUUUUUCUUGCAUGUCACAUUUAAUAUUGUAACACUUUAAUAAUUUUAAUGUCAGUUUUAAUGGAAUUUAAUUUAUUACUACCAAAGUACCUUAUUGUUGGCUAAAGGCACUGCACUUUUUUUUUAAUGUGGAAUUUUUCAUAAAUAAUCUAUACUUAAGACUUUGUGAACAUGUGUCUGGGCAUAAUCAACACAUUAUAUACACCAUAUGCAAAUCAGUUUUAUUUCAACUUAUCAUUAACAGCGGGUGUACACACUAAGAAAAUUCUCUGGGUUUCAUUAAAUUAUAUGCUCCAUUGCCUAAAGAAAUUUGUCAGCUUUCCAAACUCACAUUUUGUUCCUAUUUUUAACUUCAAUGUAAUAAUUAUUUAAUAUUCUGUUUGAAUUUAUAAUAUAGUAGACUGUUGACAUCCAGGAAUUCUCCAGUUUCAACUGAGAUUUGUAUAGUCACCCAGACUCACCCCUUAGUUAUAGUGACUUCUGAUGUGAACUUCCCAACAGAAGAAAUUUAAUUUUUUUUCUAAAGGUCUUUACACUAUUAUUAUCUCUCUGAAUUCUUAUGUCAGCUAGAUAUAAUUUUCUUUUUUAAAAACUAUUGCACAUCAGUGUAGCUCAUGAGAAGUCAAUAUUAAAAUUAUUAAAUCUUUAAUCAUUGAAAACCAAAGGUAUUUAUAUAAAAAAGUCACAGAAAUAUCCUUAAAUAACCUAUCUUUGGCCAAUAUAGACCAAAAAGUUAAUUAUGAUAUUUUUUAAUUGUUCUGUAUAAGAAGUAAACAGGGUACUGACCCAAUGGUGACAAUUUUUAUAAAGUAGCCUGUUAGGUGCUCAAUAAAUAUAUAUACACUUAUAUAUACAUAUACAUGUAUAUACACACGCAUA